UAGAGAGUAAGUGAUAUUUGUUGUGUUAAAAUAAAAUAUACAAAUAUUGUAGUGGUAUAUUUUGCAUAGAGCAUAUAAAUAGUGCGUUAUGCUAUACAUACAUAUAUCUUUGAAUAUUAUUCGGUUUGCUGAUUAUUUCCAUAUGGAUUUCAAAUCAAGGUUAAUAACAGAAUUUAUGCGAACACACUGAAAUCUAUUUUAUGUUCUUAGGAGAAAUUCUAAUUUUUAAAAUUGACACAAAAACUAAAUCUUUUUGUAAAAAAUAAUAUUAAUUAUUUCAUUUAUAUGGCUAGCCCAAUAUGUAUGUAUAGGUAUUAGAAUGCGUAUGUGUGCAGGAAUCACUAUUUAAAGUUUUUAUAAUCAAAAGUGAAUUACAUAUUAUAAAUUUUGAGCUUAAGAAGUGUUUUCCAACCUACGUACAAUUUUAUUUAGGUUUGAUGCGAUAAAAUCGAGUUCGCGUUGAUAAAUAAUUUUAAGUUUUUAUAAAAUAACAGUGUACAAUCAAUUAAACUGGCUAGUCUAAUAAAAAUAAGAGCUGAUGUGGCCCAGAGGCAGAAGCUUUUCCGUUUAAUGGAAAGAAAUUUUUACGCCGGUGGUAGACAACAUGAUUUUAAAAACAAAAAAAUUAUUUGGAACGAAAUUACUGCUAUAUUGAACACUUUAGGUCCGCCAAGAAGUUGUGCCAAAUGGAGAAAAUUCUGGACAGAUAUAUUGCUAAGAGUACGAAAAAAAAUUGUUAUACGUGAUAGCUCAAAUGAGAAUAUUACGAAAAGAGUUGAGUUCACCAAAGACGAUUUAGAAAUAUUACGCAUUACAGGAGGAGAACAGAAAUUAAUCAGCGAAUUUAGGCCUAGGACAUUAACCAAGCAAGCAAGUGAAAAAGCGAGUAACAUAGUGAACUAUGGUGUUGAUGAUUCUAGCAGAGGUUCAUCAGAAUUUGAAAUAAAAAAUCAACCUCUUUCUGAAAAUUAUAAUGACACAGAUGAUAACCAAAGUAGAAAUAGUAAUGAUGAUAUGAUUGCUGUUAAUGAUGAUCAACGAGAAAUUAACAGAGAUUUAGAAUUGAAUGAAGAACCUGAUAUUCAUAUAAAACAUUUAACAAAAACUAGUUACAAUGAAUACAAUGAAUACAACAAGAGUGAUCGCACAAACUAUUCUCAAACAAAUUUGCAGUCGAAUUCUCGAAAACGUCGGCGUUCUAUAACACCCAUAAAUAUUUAUCAAACGAAAAAAAAAAUAGCAAAUAAACAGCAAUAUUUUGCUGAUCAAGAAUGGUCAAAUAAUUUUGACUAUGACGAGGAAAACGAUACGCAAAAUUUAGAAAAUGAAGAUAGUUCAACAUUACCCAAAAAUAAUACAUUGCCUUCAAUCUAUAAUGAAUCAGUAUGCAAAGAAGAAAUAUUAAGUGUGCAGAGGGAGACAUUAAUUGAAAUACGACGAUUAGGUGAAUUGCAACAAGAAACAAAUCAACUUCUAAAAAUCUUGAUCGAAAAAAUUGGCCAUAAUACUUCUAAUAUGUCUAUGGAACAUAUUCCACAAUUAAAUGAGGGUCAAUUUAAUGAUAUUUCGGAAGUUAUUAUCAAAAAAGAAAUAUAAAUUACUAAUAAUUUACAACCUCAACCUAGCUUUGUACAGAAUUAAAUUUACAUUACAACAUAUGGUUUUAUACUAAAAAUUCUUAAAUAGUUAUACAAA